AUGAGUUUGAGCUGCAGCACAUGCCACAGAGAGCUGAAGUACCCUGCAGGGGCCAAGGGCGUGAAGUGCCCAGGCUGCAGACAAGUCACCCGGGUCAGCAAGCCGGUUAAGGAGCCUCUCCCAGAGCCCACGAUCACUGGCAGCAGUACAGAUUCUACCCAGAUUGCCAGAAUCGCUUGCAGCCAGUGUGGGAAGAAGCUAUACCACAAGUUGGGCGCCAAGGGAGUGAAGUGCCCGGGUUGUCAGCAUGUGACCCUCACAGGUGUGACCCUUGUGGGGUUGGGUACUGGGGGUGGGACUGGUGGCUCUGCACCCAAAGCGGGCAAGGCAUUGAAGUCCAUGGCAUGCAGGUCAUGCCGGAAGAAGUUCAAGUUCAGCAAGGGGGCAUUGCGUGUCCAGUGCCCGGCCUGCCAUACCAUCAAUGACACACAGACUGUCUCAGGAAUGAUGUCCAUGAGCAGUUCUCCCAGCUUGAGCAAGUCUGAGACGUCUCCGCAUUGUUGUGUCAAUGGGUCCGAGUCCCCAUGCUCAGGUUUGUCAGAGACAGCCCCCAACAGUCGCGAACUCAAGUCUUUGGACAUAAAGAGCAAUGUCAUGAAGGUGCCAGGCCACUACAAGGAGCCAUCUGAUGAGCUGGAGGCGUUUGGCACGCCUAACCUGGCGUGCAGAAAGUGCCACACCCCACUAUGGUUUCCUCCAGGAACUACGAGUGUGAAUUGCACGGGUUGCGGCGAGUUCAAUACCUUGGUUCAAGGGCCAUCACCCCCCUUGCGUGCCAUUCCAGAAGCAUCAGAUGUUCAGACCGUCAGGUGUGAGUGGUGCCACGUGGAACUGAUGAGGGAGCCUGGGGUGCUGAAUGCAAGGUGCAGCAGUUGCGGGCGUGUCAACACAUUGCAGGACACCCCUGCAAAGGACCAGUUGGUGGAGGCUGUUUCAUCACCCAAGGCAGCCUUGGCAGCUCCCCCCAAGGAACCUGCCGGUCGCUAUCCUCUGCGUCUCCCUUUCCUGAGAACCUCUCCAAAACUCACUGACCUGUCUACGAUCGAGUGCAGAAAGUGCCACUCCAAGUUGACAUGUCCUGAGGGUGACAGCAAGAUCACUUGCCCAGUCUGCAGCACCACCAAUGUAGGAAGGAAAGAGGGGAGAAGACGCGUGGGAAAACAUGGGAACCCAGUUGCAGUUGGUACUGACGGCGGGGCGGUAACCUCCAAGCCUUCCACGGCAUCCAAAUCUACGUCUGGCAAGCCACCUCAUGCAGCUAUCGACUGCGAGGUGUGUGGCACAAGGCUCUAUUACCCUGUAGGAGCAAAGGGUGUCCAGUGUGUCGCUUGCGGGCACAUCUGCUACCAGCUACCGGCGGCCCGUGCACUGCUGACCCCUCCUCCAGUGACUCCGUCCGAUACUGGCCGAGCUCAGUACCCUGCAGCUGUUUCUUCUGAGGAUGCCCAUGCUCUACAUUCGUGGGAUUCUGGAUUGGCCACUGCCGAGUGUGUACAGUGUGGCAAUCAUUUGAAGUUUCCUCAUGGCGCUCUCAGUGUGAAGUGCAAGAAGUGUGGGAUGAUUAAGAGCGAUGGGGAAUUGCCGCGAGGACAUGGUGCUGCAAUGCCUAAUGGGGAUCCCCCUUUCUCCCACCAUGACCCUCCUCACAGUUUAGGGAUUGAGACGUUCGAGUGCCCAAAGUGUCAGAGUCUGGUAUCUUUGCCAGUGGACGCACCGGAGACUCCAUGUCCAGUUUGCGGGGAACCCUGCAUGCAUGACGACAGGCAAGGGGCCGCUACUGCGACAUCCCCAAGUGAAGAUGCCUCUAGUUCUUAUGAAGCGCUGUCUCCUGCAGCUCGGCCAUCCCCUCACCGUCCAAUAAUGACCACCAUCGACUGUGAGAAAUGCCAUAGUGAGCUGAGGUGUCCGUCUGAUGCACUGGGAGUGGAGUGCCCAUUGUGCGGGCAAGUCAACCUGCGCAGUCCGAACCAGGACAUGCCUGAGGAGCCUGUGUCUUCUGAUAUGGUGCCAGCCAGGUCGGAGAGGUCCCGCACUCAAGGCCCUGACACGAUCACUGUUGAAUGUGAGAAGUGCCGCAAUAAGAUCAGCUGCACACCUGGAGCACAAAGUGUGCGUUGCUCUGUGUGUGGAGAGGUCAACGAACGGAUGCCAAAGCGGAGGCCAUCUUCGCGUGCAAAGUCGUCCAAGGAUGAUGCCUUGAGGUCUUACGAUUCAGCGCACGUGGCCAGUGGCCGCACUGAAAAGGGGCGCCCCACGAUCAAGUGCGAAAAAUGCCACAACAAAAUGGGCCGCCCAUCUGGACCGCAGGGAGCGCCAUGCCCAACGUGCGGGCACGCCAAUGUUUGUAGCUGGGAGCGGGUAGGUUCUCCAGUGCCAAGAGCAACCAAGGAUGCCCUGAGAGCGUACGAUUCAGUGAAUGUCUCCAAUCGCCCCACUGCACAGGCCCCGGGAGUGGCCACGAUCGAAUGUGAGAAGUGCCACAACAAGAUGUGCCGUCCGUCUGGGCCCCAGGGAGCAAAGUGCCCAACAUGCGGGCAGAUAAAUGUGUGCAGCUUGGAGCGGGGGCCCUCGCCGGUGGCGCCCUCAAUUAAGGAUUCGUUGAGCUCCUACGAAGUGGCUCCACCUGCCCGGCGGCCCACACGCCAGAAGACGGGGACGAUAUCCAUCGAGUGCGAGCAGUGCCACAGUCAGCUGAGGUGUCCUUCAGGCGUGCAGGACGUCCAGUGCCCAGUGUGUAGCCUCGUCAAUGUGGUGAACGCCAAGAAGGAGCCAGCUGGGGGGGCUUCCCCAGCAGGCGACGCCUCAAGUGCAUAUGAGGCAAGUUCUGCCGGCGGGCGCCAGUCGCCACCAGCCCCAACCCCACCCCCAGCCCCAAAGAUGGUGCCACUGGACUGCGUGAAGUGCGGACACAGGAUGUCCUGUCCAGUGCAUGCGCUGGGGAUGCGCUGUCCUGAGUGUAGGCAAGUGAAUGUGCGCAAUUCAGGGCAACCAACCAUUCCAACGGAGGCUUCUGGAGAGCAGGAUCCUCAGCCCGGCGAUUCCCCGUCCGAACCUCAACAGCACUCUCCAAAGGCGGCGGAGGAAUGUGAACGCUGCCACAGGAAACUCAGUGUGCCGCCUGAUGGUGGUGAACCACGUUGUGCUGACUGUGAAUCUGGAACGGUAGGGGAGGAGGAACCUGAGAUGGAAUCAAACAGUGUGCAGGAGGAAGGGAACAGUGCGCAGGAGGAAGGCAACAGUGCGCAGGAGGAAGGGAACAGUGCUCAGGUGGAAGGGAACAGUGCGCAGGAAGAGAGCAGAGUGCCGGAAGAGAGCAGAACGCCAGAAGAGAGCGGUGUCCAGGUAGCAGCAGUGAAGAAGAAGGGGGACAAGCCCAAGAGGUUCAAAAGCUGGCUGAAAGGGCACAUCAAAGGAUAG